AGUGCACAGUGUCGACAGGGCACUGGAGGUCAUUUCCUGAUUUACUGACAGUCGGCAGUAUGUCCUAACACUUUCGAACAAGCUCAUCUCAUCUGUCUCUCUUUAAAUUACAUCGUUGUGCGUGACCAACUAUCGCUGGAAUAGUUUUCCCACUUUCUUUGAGAGACGAGGCUACACUUGACGCAGGUGAAUUCAUUGAUGCGUUUGUUCUCCUUGCAGCGCGUUUCUAUCGGUGAGGAUGUUUUAAAAUGGCGGUGGCAGCAUCAGAACAGGGUCGGGACUAGCGAUAGCCAGGAAGUGAUGGACACUACACCUGCAGCAAGAACAUGGCAGAAGCAGUGCAACACACGACCAAUGAAAACAACACAAACUGGCAACACAAUGACGGUUCUCAAGUGUCUUCAUUCAGUGACUCAACAUUCGACCAGUGUUUACAGAAUACCUCCAAGCCUCUCAACCAAAACAAUCUCAACCAUCACAUGCCCUCAGAAUCUCAGCCACAACAUCUCAACCUCAAACCCUUUAAUGGCCAAUGUGAUGAUGACUGCAGUAGUUUGGCCUCUCAGGAUUCUGGUAUCCCCACACUUGAGAUCAACCCACCGGAGCACGUCCAUGCACGAGUCACCACUGCUAAGAUGUUGGUUCCUCCUCUCCAUGAUGAUAAUCCAGCUACACUAAACUUGGAUGUAUCAGACAAUUCCAUACUCAAAUCCUCCACCUUCCCCCGCUGCGACUUUGACUCUGUACGGCUAUAUAGCUCUGGUGGUCUUGGCGGUGCAACAGGCAGGAGUGCUUUGAACCGCAGUGAUGAUAUUUCUGUGGGCAGCGUGUCCAGUUUGAGUACUGAGUUUUCUGCUACGUUGUCAGUCAGUAAUGAGGACUUUUUAGACUUCAUGGUUACAUCCGAGUCUAGUGCUGUCGUUACAUUUGAGAAUGAAGAUGUCGUGCAUCGUUAUAACAACUCGGUCUUACCCAAUAAUGAUCUACCUGUAAGCAUCCCACAACGACAACCUGGGGGGUUGUCAACAUCACAUGAAGGCAGGGCGAAAAGACUGGGGCCGCUUGCCAGCUUCUUCCAUAGGAGUCUUUUUACUAAGAGGAUGAAGGACACUGGUGCACUUGAAGGUCAGAGAGAGCCUGGAUGGAAGCUGUUUGGCAAAGUUCCACUUAAAGAAGGUCCACCCAAAGACCCCAGGAGAAUACAAAAGGAAUAUGAAACGAGUGGAGAAACAGGCCAUUCAACGUCUCCCCAGAAGAAUGUAAGAAGGAACCUGGACUUUGUGCCACUUUCAACCACAGCGCUUAUACUGGAGAACCGGCCAGCGAAUCUUCCAGCAAAGCCUGAAGAGGAGGCCCAGAAACACAGACAAGAAUAUGAGGAGAUGGUGGCACAGGCCAAGAAGAGAGAACUGAAAGAAGCCCAGAAGCGGAAGAAACAGCUGGAGGACAGGUGUAAACUAGAGGACAGCAUUGGCAAUGCUGCUCUCACCUGGAGUCAGGAGAUACUACCCAACUGGCAAAGCAUGUGUUCAUUGAAGCGGGUAAGGGAUUUGUGGUGGCAGGGUCUGCCACCAAGUGUAAGGGGCAGAGUCUGGAGUCUGGCCAUAGGCAAUGAGCUGAACAUCACAGAUGAGCUGUAUAACAUCUGUUUAGCAAGAGCCAAAGAGAAGUGGAAUGCCUUUCUAUCUCCAACAGCUACUGCAGAAAAAGAGAGUGAAGAUGCAGGCCUGUCGAAUGCUGACCGGGAGGCCAGUCUAGAACUGAUAAAGUUAGACAUUUCCAGAACUUUUCCAAAUCUUUGUAUAUUCCAACAGGGUGGCCCGUACCAUGAUGUAUUGCACAGCAUUCUGGGAGCUUACACUUGCUAUCGUCCAGAUGUGGGAUAUGUGCAGGGAAUGUCCUUUAUUGCAGCAGUGUUGAUUCUCAACAUGGACACAGCGUAUGCCUUUAUUGCUUUAGCAAAUUUGUUGAACAAGCCUUGUCAAAUGGCUUUCUAUAGAGUGGACCACAGCCUUAUGUUGACAUACUUUGCAGCAUUUGAAGUGUUCUUCGAAGAAAAUCUACCAAAGCUAUUUACACAUUUUAAGAAUAACAACCUGUCCUCUGAUAUUUAUUUAAUUGACUGGAUCUUUACUUUGUACAGUAAAUCCCUUCCACUGGACAUUGCGUGUCGUGUAUGGGACGUCUUCUGUCGAGAUGGUGAGGAGUUUCUCUUCCGUACUGCACUGGGUAUCCUGCGUCUUUAUGAGGACAUUCUCACACGCAUGGACUUUAUCCACAUCGCUCAGUUUCUGACACGUCUGCCUGACUACAUCUCUACUGAGGAGCUCUUCUCCAGCAUAACCAACAUCAACAUGAACUGCAAGAACAAGAAAUGGGCACAAGUUCUUCAGACUUUGCAGAAAGGGCAAGAUCGGGCCAGUCCACUACUGAAACGCUAAUACAACCUAAUAUUUCAGCUUACAAAGAGGAAAUGACUCCUGUAGACCUCAUCGAAUGCUUGCUGGACAUAAAUGGAAUUGCAGUUGUCUCGUCUAUGUCUCCUGUUCUGUUCCGUACAAACUGUGUCUUGGAUAUAAACUGAGCACAUGGGACAGGAACAAAAGCAACAUGUCUGUGAUUCGGGGUUGCUGCGAUAGCAGGUUUGGACUGAGGAAUGUUCUCUGUGAAUGUCUUUUUUCACCCUUUCCAGUUUGCUUCUCUUUUAUUCAAAUGUUUCAUUCCACUUUACCAUGGUUUCCAUUUAAGCAAAACAAGAUGUGUAUAUUUUUGCUGUGGUUUUCUUAGAAUGUUGUUUUAUUUAUUGUUUGUUUUCCUGUUUUAAUGUUCGUUAAACAAAUUAAUUGACUUGAAGAUUCCUGACCAUCGUGCAGAAUUCCGUCAAAGCGUUAAAUGUCAGUGAAUCCCACCAUUGCUUCUAAAAUGUUUGCACCCUUUUGAGGAACUGUCAUUCUACCUCUUGCUAUAUAAUCCUUCCACAACCCGUUUCUGUCCUCCAUACAACACUUUGAUUUUAGUGGAUACUGAAGGAUGUUUGUGUCGUUGUGCUAUUGUUACAGAAUUCUCUUUUUCGCUAUUUCUUUUUAUAUGAAUACUGUAUAUUGUGCCACUUAAAACCAAACACGCUGGAGUAAUGAUAUUAAAUGGCUUUGGUGUGGCCAUUACUAUAGUCUGAAAAAACACAAAUUACAUGACAGAAUGUGGCCUUCACCUUUUCAUGAAAUUUGGCUUAUGCGGUGGUUUAAGUGUUGAAAAGAGGGUAGAUGAAAGAUUACGGUGAAGUACCUUUUAAGAGGUGUUAGUGGUUUUUGUCAUAAGGCUCAUCUCACAUUGUUUAUGCUUGACACCUCACUAUGUCUUAUGACAUAGAAAUUAGCUUUGCUACACUUUGCAGUGACUUCUUGACUUUAAUUACUUAUUAAAAAUAUCUGAAAACUGUAUGAAAUUUGAUCUGAAAGAUUUGCACAAAUUCCAUGUUACGUAACUUCACAAACUGUCUGUUUGUUUUUUUAAUAUUUGUUUUGUUUUGUAUGUAAACACCAUGCACUAAUGCGGCCUAAUUUAUGGGACCAUAAUUUAACAGCAAUAACUCAUCUCCUUUUCACUCGUCGUUUAGUUUUAAAAAGAAGUGAGUGUUUGAUCUUUUUGAUCAUCAGUUGGUUUUGACAGCAUCUUGUUGAACCUCCAAAGGCUUUAUUAUAUUCAUUGGCAUGUAUAGUGCAAGUGAUGGAAUAUAAAUAUAACGAGACCUGUUAAUUCAGUGUCCUCUAAAAGUAAAUUCCUGUGUAUGGUCAUUUCUUGUUUGUAUGUGUGUCUAAACAAACUAUGAGGGCACUGCUAAGUAAAUAAUCGAAAGAUUUGUCAACCUGCAGACGCUGUUUUGUUGAUGUUGCGUUAAGAUAAUUUCAACAUAAUGUGGUGAGAUUUUAAUGCUUUGUUAUUGUUAUCACUGUGAUCGAAGGACAAGCUUCGCUUCCCACCACCACUUUAUUUUGUGGUUUAAACCACGCUGCUGCAAUAAGCUGCUUUGCACAUGUUUUUUUUUCUUCUUUUUCAUAGGAUCACACUCGCAACCUCUUCUUUUCUGUGCUCUUGUUAUUUUAUUAGUAUAUAGAAACCCCAGGCCAGGAAUCUAUAAUGUUGGCUGUUACAUUGUCCACUUGAAUUUUUAGUUCCUUAAUAGUUUCUAACUUAAAGUAAUUUAAAGUGUCUGUCACUAAAAUAUGUAUUUUUUAUUUAUUAUGCUUUCUUUGUAUUUCCUUUAAGUUUUAUUUGCCCUGUACUAAAAAAACAGCAAAUACUUUCCAAUAACUUAAUAUAACCAAAAUAUAAUAUAACCAUAAUGGAUCUUCUGAAUAUUUAGUGGUGCAUUUUGGAUGCUUUUUAGCAGUCCCGUCUACAGCAAAAAGAAACAAAGUCAAUCUUAUUAGUAAAUGCUAAGCGGAGUUAUGUGUACAAUCUGAAUCUACAUUGUGUUGAACUUUGUUGUGCUGAAAUCUUCCCAACAUAAAUGGCCAUUAAUUUAUUUGCUGUCCGAUAUAGUCAUAUACUGUUGGUCAUAUGACAGUGAAGACUAUAAAUGUGGGAAUCAUGUAUAAUAGUGCAUUGUUGUUCAUUUGUUUGUGUGACGAAGUGGGUGAAGGAAACAUCUGAUUAAGGCAGUGGGGCGUCUAUGCUCAGUUAAGGGUGAUACAAUGUUUUUCAUUCAUCUAUAUGUGCUCUGUAAACAGUAAAUAUGACAGAUCAAGUGCACAUGCAAUCUUGCACCUAAACCUUUCAUAUUGAGUAGGCAUUGACGCAGCUUGUUUGGUUAACAUCGUCAUUACUUUUGGAGAAGGGUUGAUUGGUGACAGGAGAGGUUUUAGCAAAAACAUCCAAAAAUUCAUGUAAAAUCGCAAUGUUCUCUGUUCUCAUUUUUUGUGUUUUCUGUAUUUGUUGUAUUGUUAAAUGAUGCUGCCUUUGUGUUUGUUGUGUCAAUAUCAAUGACUACUGAUAAAAUAAAUGAAAAUAAUAAA